AUGGCGGGGUUGCCUGUGGCAACGUCCUUCACGGAAUCCAAGGCUGCUUUCGCUAAGAGAGCUUUGGAGGUCGGGCUCGCGCAAGCCGAAGUGGACCAUCUUGUCUCCAAACAGGUUGACACUCUCUCGAAGUUAGCUUUUGUCCUGGUUCCUCCUGGGAAGGUUCCUGAGGACAGUGCAGUCGUUGGGCUGCUCCCAGCAGGUUCAAGUCAGGGAGCCAUAGCAGGGCUCAAGCGGCUUCUUUUCGAAGCCCAUACAUUGAUUGUGUCAGCCCUCAAACAAAAGGUGGAGCGCACUGAGGAGUCCUUGCCUCUCACUCUUGACAUAGCCGAGCGAGAAGAUCGUUUGGCAAGCCAGAAAACACGUUUGGGCGGGUUGACAUUUCAAGGUGAAGAGGAGGUCGCACAUGGUGCAUACGACCUUGUCUUCUCGAUGGCCCAGAAGAACGAGCUCAUUUGGUUGGCGCCUGAGAAGUUCAACACACGGCGUGCAGAAAUCAGUGCCAAGAAGCCUUCUAAAGAGCUCGUCAUAGAUGGGAGCGGCGUUGCGGUUAAAGAUAAGCCCCAGGUCCUUAACUGUGCCAUCAACUCUGACCUAGACUUGGUUUUGGCCAUGCGCCGCAGAGCGCUUGCAUUCGACCUUGUUGGGCUCAUGAGUUUUGAUGUGGCUAACCGCUAUCAUCAGGCACUUGUUCAACGUCUCCAGGAGGCUCCGCCUCCCAACUAUGCCAAGGUCUCUAUUGCUCAGGUUCUCCGCGCUGAUCGAGCGGCAUUCCUCCGGCUGGCAGAGUUGCUGCCCACUUUGCGCCGCAGCGGCGUGGGCAAGCUUCCUUUGGACGAGCAGCUUCCCAACAUCCUGCUCGACCCUUCAGCUACUCUUCAACGACUUGAAGGGCAGCCUUUGAGCGAGGUCGUGACCGUGGAGGUCUUUUGCGGAACUGGGCGGCUCAGUGCUUCCCUUCGUAGUGAAGGUUUUGAUGCCUUCGGUGUUGACCAUGUGGUCGGCAAAACUGCAUGUUGUUCAGUCCUUCAGCUUGAUCUUACUUGUGAGGCCUCUAUUGCACAUCUGUGGAGCAUCUUGAAGGAUCCCGCUGUCAAAUUCAUUCAUUUUGCGCCGCCCUGCGGUACCGCAAGCAGGGCCCGUGACAUCCAGUUUCCCGGCGCCCCACCUGUCCUCCGCAAUGAGAGCCACCCCGAAGGGGUUCCUGAUCUUUCGGAGAUCCCUGCACUCAGAGUGCAAAAGGCUAACAUGCUGUAUAAGUUGACUCUUGAGCUAAGUUCUUUCUGUCUUCUGAACGGCAAAUAUUUUUCCUGUGAAAAUCCGAGCCGCAGCUACCUUUGGCUGCUUCCUCAGUGGCAGCAGUUCUUGAAGCGCUCGGAUGUCUUUCAAACUGUCUUUCAUCACUGUGAGUUUGGUGGCAUGCGUCGCAAAGAGACGCUCCUGGUGCAUAACAUCCCCAAAUUCCGCGAGCUUCAUCGUUUGUGCUCUGGCAAACAUGUGCAUCUGGGCUGGGGCAAGGUCGGCCGUACGUGGGCAACCAGCGCUGAAACGGCCUACCCCUGGGGCCUCUGCAAGUGCAUGGCGAGCUUGCUGAAAGAUCACUUUUUGGAACUUGGCUGUCGCCAAUCUCCCAAAGCUAUCGAUGAAGGCGCACCCGCCAUCCAAGGCGCGCGUGCUUUCACUGGAGCCCAGACUCGCAAGCGCGUGCCUCCGCUGCUUAGCGAAUUCGCUUCGGUUCACACUGUCACUGUGCCUUCCAAUCUUGCCGCGUCUUUCUUGCGUCCUGGCCAAAAGCUCCCGUCUCCGUGGAAGCCCGGAGAUGAUGCUGCUUGUUCUCCGGCAAUCGAGUGCUUUCCGGCAGGUAGCCGUGUCCUUCGUGCCCAUGUGGUGCGCAAGGGGAUUGAGGUUCGAGAAGCCAUGAUGUCGGGUUCUGCCGAGCGGGUACACCGCAAAGACUUGUCCUUGUUGCUUGACUUGCUUCCUUCAGAACCUCUUCGUUGGGAGGGCGAUGCUGGAGCGAAAUCGUUCCAAGGUGGCAGCUUUGUUCACGGCCCGAUGUGCGGGGUGCGAUCAACGACCAAGCAGUUCCCGGAAACUGUCAAGGCAAUGUGCUCUUAUGUCAAAGGCCUUUUUCCAGGUUUGGAGUUCGGAACUGUUGGGAUGUUCAGGGAUGUGUCUGCUCAGCCCCACCGGGACUCGAAUAAUGAAGUCUCUACAGACAAUGCGAUUGCUGCGCUAUCGGAUUUUUCUGAUGGCUCUGUGUGGAUGGAAGAUCCUGCGGGUGACGUCGAGCUUGAAAUCAAAGGUUCGAUGGCCGUCGCCUUCAUUGCACAAGGCCUUGGACAGGUUGGGCACCCCACGCAGCUCUCCGCUCUCAUGCCUUCCGAGAUCUCCUGUGCAGUCCGGAGAAUCCAUAAAGAAGGUGAGGCCAAUGUGGCCAAGGAGCGCACCGCAACACUUCGCCGGUGGGUUAGCAGAGCAGCCGACUUAGAGCCAGCCGAGCGCGCGCUAAAGGCUGACCUUCCUCAGUUUCGAAAGGAUGUUCUUAGUCCUAAACGCCUCGCUCUUUUCGAGGAGCUGUUGCUUGAAGUGGGACAUGAGGACGUUGACCUUGUCAAAGACAUUGCCCAUGGGUUUGACUUGACAGGCAAGCUGCCUAGAUCAAAUGUUUUCGCUAAGCGCUUUCGUCCUGCGGAGCAGAGUGAAUCUCAACUUCGAUCCAGCGCUAAGAGGCUGCGUGAUGGUCUCCUGGCCACGAUCAAAGCUUCGGAGGAUCCUGUGAUUGACCAAGGUGUUCUUAAGGCGACGCUGAAGGAACUUGAGCGCGGCUUCGUUGAUGGACCUUUGUCUCCAGACCAGAUCCCUGAAGAUGCGUCCUUAACACAUCGUUUCGGAGUCAUUCAAGGGAGCAAUGAAGACGGUCCAAAGGUGAGGCCCAUAGAUAAUUACCUGUCUUCCCAAGUCAAUGCCGCAGUCACGCAGGUUGAACAAGUCAGCGUGCACACCAUUGACGUGGUGGCCGGGAUGCUGGCCUGUUGGUUAAAUGAGUGGUUCGUCAGCGGGCGCCCAGAGCACAGCACGCCAGUGUGCAAGGCGUGGGACCUGCGUACCGCCUAUAAACAACUUCCCCUUUCGGAUUUAGCUUACGCCUUAGAUAGUUUCUUUGUGCUCUUCAACAUUGAGCGUGGGGCGAGCGAAAUCUAUCGCCAGAGGGAUAAGGAGCUCAGCUACGAUGCACUUUGCGUCGUCCUGGGAGUGCAAGUGAACCUUCGUGAUGCCAAGCUCGGUUUGGCUUACUUGGAGAACACCGUGAAGAGGCGGACUGAGGCGUUGUGUGACAUUGAGCGGGCUUUAGCGGCUUUGAAGUUGUUGUCGCAGCACUCCAGGCAACGCAGAUGGGACGUCAGCCAACUCACGCGGCUCGCACUCACUCAGCUGAAAAGUUUCCUUGAAAGUUCCAAGCCACGUCCAGUCAGGGCGCGGCGUGAAGACUUUGUCCAUGUGUAUGUGGAUGAUUCCUUCGAGCCAAACGGCCAUUGUGGUUUGGGAGGAGUAGUCUUCAGUUCUUCUGGUGAGGCGUUGUGCUGGUUUGGUCAAGCUGUUGCCCCAGUACCUGUGCAGAAGCUUUUGAAAGCUGGUGACCGCGAAAGGGAGACAGUGAUCUUCGAGCUUGAGGCGCUUGUGCUCAGCAUUUGCCUCGAGGCCUUUCGCCCGUACGUCGAGAGGAAAGGUGUUGUCAUCUUCACUGACAAUGAGGGCGUGUUCGGAAGCUUCGUCAGAGGCCAUAGUGACAAUGCUUCUUGUGCUGCCUUGAUCGACUUCUUUGCUUGCUGCGAAGAGAGCCUUGAAACGAUCUGCUGGCUAGAUCGUGUGCCAUCCUCUUCCAAUCCUGCAGACGACCCCUCGCGUGGCGUGAACAUCCGAGGUGCACCACGUGUCGAUCUUGACAUGAAUCUCUUGAGUUAUGAGAAGCCAUUUUGCGAGGAAUGUGUGUGGAACUUCAUUUCUUAUUUGAAGAAAGAGAAGGCAGCCCCGACUCGCGCGGCCUCCUUCAUUUCAGCUUUGCAUUUUGCGAAUUUUGUUUUGGGGCUGAGCGUGUCCGAGGUUCUUGCAAGCCGCAGGAUCCUGGGUCUCAGUGCCCAGCUGGGUGUCAAAAAGAAAGCGACCAACCGAGCUCGGCCUCUCAAGGUGUCGGAGGUGCGCUUCAUGCAUGGCGUGUUAAGGGACGAAAGUGCGCCGAUCUGGGACCGAGCCAUAUGCGCUUACCUCCUGCUUGCACUCUACGCGAGGGCUAGACACAGCGAUUUAGUUCUUGUGGAAGAAGUGAUAGCGGAUUUUGAUCGCAUGUGCAGCGGGUACCUGGAGAUCCGCCUUAGAUUCCAUAAGACAGCCCAGACUAUCUCAAAGAAGAAUGACUUGUUGCCGGUCAUCGUGUCAAGCAAAGGCAUCGUGGCAGGCGAUUGGUUGGGACUGGCGACUGACGCUUUUGAGCGAGUGGGCCUCACCUUGGACGGGGCUGUCGGCGCAGGCCUCUUCAGGCCUUUCAGGCCUGGUGGCACUACCCCCGGGCGGCGAAGCCUUCGGUCCUCGGAGUGCACAUCCAUGUUAAAGAUGGUUCUCGAGCGAGCAGGGUCGGAUGUGUCAAUGGUCACGUCGCACUCUUUGAAGAGAACCCUGCUUGACUGGGGAUCCAAGUUUUGCCUUGAUGACGGGAUUUUGGCUUUGCUUGGACGUCACAGCAAGUGUGUCAAAGGAAGUGUGCCCGUCUAUGCCAAGGAGGAAGCCCUGAAAGCUGUUAGGGCCCUCGAACCCAUGUGCCAAGCAGUGGCCGAGGGGUCGUUCCACCCCGAUGCUGCCCGAGCCUUGUACUUUACAGCUCCUCCAGCGCCAACCUCGGCACCUCGAGCUCCGGAGCUCAGUGCAUCUGUCAAAGCCAAAGUCGAAAUCGUUAAUGACUCGGCGUCCGAACAGGCUGAACCCGAGGGGGAACAUUCCUCAAGUAGCAGCGAAAGCAGCGACUCCGAGUCGCAGGACGACUCCGACUCAUCGCCCGAGUCGAUGGCGCCUCUAAAAGCGCCUCGCAUGGAAGUCGAGCAGUGGGCUGCCGCCGAUUGCGUGGCCAAUUCCAGGCGUGCGGAUGAGGUCGGCCUCAGCAGUGUGGGAUGGACCAUCCUGCAGGCACUUGGCAUCACCUCAGUGGGCAAGGCUGCGUACACAAUUACGUCGCCGGGUGAGCCGGUCACGGAGCCCAUAUUCCGAGAUUGGGUUGCUGAUAACGCUGCUGGCAUGACUUUGGGUGAUCAAUCAUGCGUCAAGCGGUUGGUGUUUGAGUCUCAAACUCUGGUCGUAGCCGAGUUGCGCGACCAAGUGUCAGGGUCUCAAUCAUCUGCUCCCCGUCGUGUUCCUGAGGCUGAACGCGACAGAAGAUUGAGUGAUCUUCGUGCCGCCCUCCCGGGCAUCACGCUGGAGGGUGUGAACAUGCCAAGCAAUGCCCUGCUCGACUCGUGUUGUCAGCAGGAGCGGGACAACUUACUUAAGUACAUCCCGCCUGAGAAAGCCACGAGCCGCACUCACGAACUUACCAAUCCGAAGCCGACCCAUCAGGCCCUGCAAGUCGAAGCCUCCAAAAUAGUUCUCAAGAGCGACGCCGAUGCCGUCGAGUAUCAGCCAGUCAACGCCCUCCAAACCAUGGAGGCCUUCAGACGUCGAGGUUUGGCCAUGGUGUUUGCGCAAAUGAUUUCCUAUGAUGCUUACGACCGGAAGGAUGCUUCCGGUGAGUAUCCCCUUGACAAAGAGAUGCACCGCGGUUUGGAAUCCUACGAGGUCUCCAUUGCACUCAUGCACCAGGCUCCCCAAGGCAAGAACCCCUUUCGGAACAACCGGAAGCGCCAUCCCUCUCGGCCUUCCACGCCGGAUCCCCCCACGAAGCAGCCCAAAGGCAAGGGCCGAGGCAAAGGUGCCAAAGGUUCUCCCGCGAUGCCCAAAGAGCUUGUCGAUCUGAAGGCGAAUGCCGCCACACCUGAGGGUCUUUGGAUCGAGGGAGCUGGCGAUGAGGUCUGUCCCGACCCCGGGCACCCAGAUGCCAAGGGACAUGUUUUGCAACUGCAUGAGCCAAUCCAGUUUGACGCACAUCAACUGCAUGCUACGUGCCCUUGGACUGGCAAUCGCGCUGUGCUAGCAGCAUUCGUGAUCAAUGAUUUUCACAAAUUGGACGCUCAGCAUCGCCAGCUUUUGCAACAGACUGCCUUCCGUCUGCCGAGCCUGUCAACCGGGGAGCUCCUUCCUUCACGCCCCAGCAUUGCAUCCCGGUUUCCAGUGAUCCUCGAGAUUUUCGCAGGUACUGCGCGUGUAACAGCAGCCUUGCGCUGCUGCGGUUUCGUCGGCUCUCAAGGUGUUGAUCACGUGGUCGUGGAUCAUGCUGCCUGCCCUGUCCUGUUGGCCGAUUUGACUACUCGUGAGGGUCAGAGUAUGGUAAUGAUGUGGCUGUCGAGUCCUCAUGUUGUGGGUGUUUUCAUCGCUCCACCAUGCGGUACCAGCUCCCGUGCCCGAGAAAUUGCACUCCCCGGACCUUCUCCCGCUCCUCUGCGUUCGCUUGAUUUCCCUGACGGGCUACCUCACCUGUCUGGUCUCAGUAUGGUUCGUGUCAACAAGGCCAAUCAGCUGUACCACUUUACGUCCACGAUCUGUGCUGAGGCCCACCGUCGGAGCCUCAUCAUUGCUGUGGAAAACCCGCGGAGCAGUCUUUAUUGGUCCACCAGCUUCUGGAAAGCUGCCUCCGCUUUCUGUCCAAUGCAUACCGACUUCCAACACUGUGCCUUUGGCGGGCGUCGGCCCAAGUGGACUCGCUUGUGCCACAACCACCAUGCCUUCCACGCCUUGCAUCGUGUGUGCCCGGGGGGCGCGUGUGCUGCCCAUCACUUGCCUUGGGGUCGUGGGGAAGAUGGCGCCUUUGCCACGGUCGCUGAAAGCGCUCACCCGCCGCAGCUGGCCACAGCCAUCGCCCAAUGCUUUGCUCAGGCCGUUACCUUCGUGCCCGAGGCCGAGCCCUCCCUUGCGGCCAUGAGAGUGCACCUGACGGGUCAGACCCCUUGCUCUGGAGUCUUUCCGGGAGCUUUUAAGCCAGCAAAACAGACUUCGGAACAGCUACGCUCCAAAGCCAGCGAGUCCCGCCAGAAGAUCCUUGAUGCGAUUAAAUCGCAAGGGCACCUGGAUGAGGCGCUGGAACAAAAGGUCGACGAAGAGGUGGAGCUUGGCUGGCUGUCCGAGCCAACAGACCCUGCCGAUUUGCCGGAAGGCGCCACAAUCAGCAGGAGGUUUGCGAUCGAACAGUCGGGCAAGAUUCGCUUGAUAGAUGACCUUAGCGACAGUGGUGUCAAUGGUUCCGUCCAAACCACCGAGAGUCCCAAGCCUCCAUCCCUCGAUGUGGUCGCUGCUAUGGCCUUGGCGUGCCUCAGGAAGCUGCCCGGGAUCCCCAUGCUAGGGAAAACGUUCGACCUGAAGAGUGCAUACAGGCAAAUGUUUGUGUCGCCGGACGACCUCAAGGAGGCCUACAUUGCUUACUUCAGCCACCGUGAGGGUCGAGUGAUUGUAAGGCAAAUGCUUGCGCUCCCGUUCGGAGCAACCAGGGCGGUGUUUUCUUACUUGCGAGUAGCACAUUCUAUGUGGUACAUCGGGUGCUGGGCGCUGAAACUGAUAUGGUCGCACUUCUUUGACGACUUCUUAAGUCUGGCGACUCAGGUCGAAGCCAAAGCAGUCGACCUAGCAAUCUCUUCAUUGUUCAGGUUGCUGGGGUGGAAGGUCUCAGAGGACAAGGACAAACCCUUUGCCGAGAGUUUUGCUGCGCUUGGGGUACGGGUUAGUUUCGAAAGGUUCUUGCAAGGGGAGGUUCUCUUCCAUAACACGGAAAAGCGUGUCUUAGAGGUUUCAGCCACACUGCGCCGUGCAGCUGACGAUCCAGCCCUCACCCAGAAGGACCUCUCACGCAUUCGGGGUCGCAUGGUCUUUGCAGGGGGCCAGCUCUUCGGAAGAGCCGGCCGGUUAUGCGUGGCCGCCCUGGCUGGUGAAAGCUGCUCGACCAAAGCAAACCUCAGCAACGAUGCAAAGCAAGCUAUGCUCCAGUUUGCCGACCUGCUUGAGGCCAACUGGCCGCGCGUGCUUAAAGAUGUGUCAGUAGAUCCGGUGUACGUCUUCACUGAUGCUUCGUAUUCCGAAACAAGUGGAGGUACUUUCUGCGGUUUUGGUGGAGUCUGCUUCGACCACGAAGGCCGCCCCCUUGGAUUUUUCUCCGAGGAACUUUCUAGUUUUCAGAAACGUCUUCUAGGAGAGGGCAGGUCCAAGACCAUCAUCUUCGAGGCAGAACUUGCAACAAUCGUGGUCGCAUAUGUCCUAUGGAAAGAUUGGCUUAGGGGAAAACCCGCUGUGAUUUUUGUGGACAAUAACUCCGCUAGAGACGUGUCAAUCAGUGGCACCUCACGGAAUGAUGUGGGCAAGUCACUUGCAUCACUUCUUUUAACGGUGGAAUCCUUAGCCAAGACCUUUUCGUGGUUCGCGCGUGUUCCAUCGCCAUCGAACAUAGCAGACACGCCUUCACGUGAAGUGCUGAAAAGCUUUACAGUGUCAGGUUGCCCCGUCCCUCACUUCCCAUGCGAGAACAUUGUGUCAGAAGUUCUGGGCAUUUUGGUCAAGUAA